GAAAAAAAUGUAUUAAGAAAAAAGGGAGAAGAAAAAAAUUGGUCGGUGGCAGUGGCUGGCAGAGCAGCUCGUCGCUGAAGUUGGAUCUGAAUCUGAUCAUUCGAUGAGUUUGAGAUCAGAAAGUGGCGAAGAAGAUGGAGGAACUUUGAUUUUAUCUAAUUUUAUUGCCCAAUUGCUCCUUUCAGGUCACUCUUAAUCCUUAAACCUAACCUUAACACAUCACAUACACUCUUAUUUCUUCUUCUUCUUCUUCCUCAUUUUUCUAUCCUCACAAUUCAACAAUUUCAUCUCUCCCAUUGAUCUUCUCCACUGCCUUUCUUCUUUCUUUCCAUGUAUUUUGAUCGAUCCCUCUAGUCAGCCCUCAAACGAAUUUCAUUUUGAAAAUCCCCCCAUUCUCUCUUUCUCUCUACUCUACUUUUGGGAGAAACUGCGAGUUUGGGGAUCACUUUGAUCUACAAUUACGAGAUUCACUUCUUAUGAUGAUGGAUUUUGUUGGGUUUUUGAGAAAUUUUUGAACUCUUUUCCCAAAUCAGAGAAAAAAUGGUGUUUGGGAAAUUUAGGGAUAUCCUCUCGUCUGUAGCCACUCGGUUGUCGGGCCGCCAUUCUUCUACAGAUGCGUUUAACUCUUCAUCAUCGCCUCCUUUGAUCGCUUCCCCAUCUCCUCUUGUUGCCGGAUUUGUUAGCCCUGCACUUAAGAACAAUCUAAGGCUUUCGUCGUCUCUUCAGGACCUCUCUACUUACCGUAGACUUGAUCUUGAAGAAGGUAAUCGUGGCGUUGAGAAUGCUACUCCAGAUUUUUCACCACUCCAGCGAGAGAAUGCCAGCUCUAGUUUCUCAAAGGAGAAGACAUUGCCUGGAAGCUCCUUCUGGUGGCUGACCAGGAAGUGGGUUCGAACCGUUGUUCUUUUUCUAUGUCUAUUGCUGUUUUGUUUUCUAAUUUAUACGGUUUCUAUGUAUAUUUAUUCAUAUUGGUCGCAAGGAACACCUAGAUAUUAUGUGGUGCUUGACUGUGGAAGUACUGGAACUCGGGCUUUUGUAUAUCAAGCAAAUGUUAAUUAUAAGAAAAAUGGAGCCCUUCCCAUUGCUAUCAGGUCAUAUACGGGACAAAAGAAGAAAUUGAAGUCUCAAAGCGGACGGGCUUAUGAUCGAAUGGAAACAGAACCUGGUCUCGAUAAGUUGGUUCGUAAUGUGACGGGUUUGAAGAAAGCUAUUAAACCUCUACUUCAAUGGGCUGAGAAGCAAAUUCCAAAGCGUGCCCACGAAAGCACCUCGCUUUUCCUUUAUGCGACUGCUGGAGUUAGAAAGUUACCACCUGCAGAUUCAAAAUGGCUUCUGGACAGUGCCUGGUCUAUAUUAAAGAGUUCGCGCUUUCUUUGCCAGAGAGAGUGGGUUAAAACCAUUUCAGGUACAGAAGAGGCUUACUACGGCUGGAUAGCUCUUAACUAUCAAAAAGAAUUGUUGGGAGCUACACCAAGGGAACCAACAUAUGGGGCACUCGACUUGGGUGGUUCUUCUUUGCAAGUAACUUUUGAAAGCAAGGAACAAAAUGAGUCUAGUUUGAACAUUAAAAUUGGAAAUGUUGAUUACCAUCUUAAUGCCUAUUCUCUUACCGGCUAUGGUUUAAAUGAUGCAUUUGGGAAAUCUGUUGUCCAUCUAUUAAGAAGGAUCCAAGAACCUGAAAAGCUGGAUCUGUCUAAUGGGAAAUUUAAACUAAACCACCCUUGCCUGCACACUGGCUACAAUGAGCAGUAUACAUGUAACCAGUGUGGGAAAUUAUUGGAUAGAGGAAGUAAUUCUGGGAUUUCUCUAAGGCUGAUUGGUGCUCCAAAUUGGGAAGAAUGUUCUGCACUUGCUAAAGUUGCUGUAAAUUUUUCUGAAUGGUCAAAUACAAGCACUGGAGUUGAUUGUGAUGUACAACCUUGUGCCAUAACUAAUAACUACCCUCCACCAUACGGAAAUUUUUACGCAAUUUCUGGUUUCUUUGUGGUAUUUCGAUUUUUCAAUCUGACGUCAGAGGCUACACUCGAUGAUGUAUUAGAAAGGGGCCAAAAAUUUUGUGAGAAACCUUGGGAUGUUGCACAGGCUAGUGUUCCUCCACAACCCUUUAUUGAGCAAUACUGCUUUAGAGCACCAUACAUAGUCUCACUCCUUAGAGAGGGGUUGCAUAUUACUGAUAAACAAAUCACUAUUGGUUCUGGGAGUACAACUUGGACACUUGGGGUUUCAUUGUUGGAGGCUGGAAAGGCAUUUACUGUUGCAACCAGGCUAGAGCUUCGUGGUUAUGAAAUUUUUAAAAUGAAGAUUGAUCCUCUAAUUCUAAUCGUCAUUCUGUUCACAUCGUUGUUUUUCCUGCUUGCAUUAUCCUGUGUAGGAAGUGCAUUACCUAGAUUUUUCCGGAGGCCAUAUCUCCCAAUUUUCAGGCAUAAUGCUGUCUCCACCACAUCUGUUCUAAACAUUCCAUCUCCUUUUCGGUUACAGCGGUGGAGUCCAAUGAGUGCUGGUGAUGGCAGAGUCAAGAUGCCACUGAGUCCAACAGUUAAAGGUUCUCAAGAAAGACCCUUUGGCUUAGGGCAUGGCUUUAGCAGCAGCAGCGGCAUCCAACUUAUGGAGUCGUCAUUGCACCGGUCGACAAGCAGUGGGGUUUCGCAUAGUUAUUCCUCAAAUAGCCUUGGCCAAAUGCAAUUUGACAAUAGCAGUGUUGGUUCCUUCUGGACUCCACGCCGAAGUCAGAUGCGCCUUCAAAGUAGACGAUCACAAUCUCGAGAGGAUCUAUCUUCGACAUUGUCUGAAACACACAUGGUGAAGGUUUAGAAGAAGCAGACUUCCAAAUGUAGAAGAUGGAGAUUUCAAGAGGACUUCUCUUCCUCUUUGGCUAAUGAAAAACACACAGAUGGUGAAAGGUGAAAGAAGCAAACUUCAGAAAAUUUUGGUAGAUUCACUAAUUUGACCCCCCCCCCCCCGCUUUUCUGACUCUUGAAUAGAAAAUAUAUGGAAGCUUUGCAUAGAGAUUCAUGAAUUCAAUUUAGGAAUUCUUUCUGUAUCUGAAGGAUCAAUUUUUACAUGAGAAGUAGAUAUAUAUAUUAAUAUAUAUAUAUAUGCAUUGUGCAUAUAUUGCCCUC